AUGAGAGAUAUUGUAAGAAAUGAGUUAACAUUUCAUCUCAAGAAGCUGGAAACAGAAAAGCAAAAUACACCAAGAGAACACUGUAGAAAGGAAGUAGUUUGGAACAGUGCUCAGUUUAGGGACAAUUGUGUCCCAUUACUGACGCAAGAUCUUCCUAAGACCUCAGCCAGUGCCCCGCCCUGUGAUCCAGAACCUGCUCAAGUUGUCCAGCUGAAAGACAGGCCACUGGCAGAAAACCCUUACUUCAAAAAUAAAGUUUUCUCCAAAGAAUUUCAUCUGAAUGAGAGUGGUGAUCCAUCUUCAAAUUCCACUGAAAUCAAAUGGAAAUCUGGAAAGGAUUUGAUGAAACAUUCAAGUCAAACACAGAAUAAAUCCAGCAGGAAGAGACAGCAUGAGGAACCAGAGAACUUCUUCACCUGGUUUACUGACCAUUCUGAUGCAGGUGCAGAUGAGUUAGGAGAGGUCAUCAAAGAUGAUAUUUGGCCAAAUCCAUUACAGUACUACUUGGUUCCCGAUAUGGAUGAUGAAGAAGGGGAAGGAGAAGAGGAUGAUGAUGAUGAUGAAGAAGAAGAAGGAUUGGAAGAUAUUGAUGAAGAAGGAGAUGAGGAUGAAGGUGAAGAAGAUGAAGAUGAUGAGGGGGAGAAAGGAGAGGAGGAUGAAGGAGAAGAUGACUGAUGGAACACUGAUGGA